AUGUCCAUAGCACUCAAGCAAGUCUUUAAUAAAGAUAAGACUUUCCGCCCAAAACGCAAGUUUGAACCUGGAACCCAGAGGUUUGAACUUCACAAACGAGCGCAGGCCUCUCUGAACUCAGGCGUGGACUUGAAAGCAGCUGUGCAGUUGCCCAGUGGAGAAGACCAAAAUGACUGGGUGGCUGUCCAUGUUGUCGACUUCUUCAAUAGGAUCAACCUCAUUUAUGGAACUAUCUGUGAGUUCUGCACAGAGAGGACCUGCCCAGUGAUGUCUGGAGGCCCUAAGUAUGAGUACCGGUGGCAGGAUGACAUGAAGUACAAGAAGCCCACAGCAUUGCCAGCACCCCAAUAUAUGAAUCUUCUCAUGGACUGGAUCGAAGUGCAAAUCAACAAUGAGGAUAUAUUUCCUACGAGUGUAG